GUACACCAGAGAUGUUUAUACUGCAACGCUGGAGAGGCAGACGUCAGACUUGUUUCUUACUGGAACUUCACUGACUACGGAUGUCUCGGCCUAACUUCAUUAAAUGAACCCACAAAUAUGAUGGGCCAUAAACUCCGAAUCGUUGCUCUGCCAUUGUUCCCUUACAUGGAUUUUCGUAGGAUCCGCAGCAGUGACGCUGGUGGUCUAGUAACACCAAGAGACUCUCUGGAUACCAGAAUAAUUGAAAGCUUCGCCGAAACUCUCAACUUCACCUUCCAGAUUACUGAGGAACCUAAACAUUCCUUUGGCGACGAGACAAAUGGCAGUUACACUGGUCUGAUUGGUCAACUUCAAAGGGAAGAGGCAGAUUUCUGCAGUAUCGUGGCACCCACACCUGGACGACUGAAGGUGACUGACUUUGCUAGGUCGUAUCCAGCAGAUAUGUUGGUUAUAACAUCACUAAAACCUUCUGUCCUGCCUGAAUACCUGGCUGUAGUCAGGCCAUUCAAAGGCGAGUUGUGGCUGGCGCUGCUGGUAGGCGUUGUGGCGUGGGGCAUGAUACUGUGGUUGCUGCAGAGGGCGUGGCACUGGGCUGUUGGAGGGCGUGUUGUCCAGUUUAUCACUGCCUUCUUGUAUGGAUGGGGAGCACUCCUGGCGAAUCCUCCCUCAAACCCGUCAGUCGACGAUUCGGGAAGAGUGCUGGUGGGGGUGUGGCUUGUGUUCUGUCUUGUCAUCACUACAGGGUUUCAAUCCUCUCUGAUUGCACACUUAACGGUUCAGGGAAAGUCGCCAACCAUAGACAGCUUUCAGGACGUGGUGGAGAAGGAUAACUGGAGGUGGGGCAGUGAACCCUGGUGGUAUAGUGGAGCCAUUUUGGAGUAUUUUUCAAAGCAUACAGACCCUGUGAUAAAGCAGGUGCAUAAAAAAAUGGAGGUGUUAGUGCUGAAGGAAGCCCUGAAGAAGGUGCUGGCAGGAGGCUUCUCAUUCCUUACCGUGAAAAACUACAUCACCGUCAUCAUCACCUCUUCCUACACUGAUGCCAACGGGCAGACACCCAUCUAUAUUUCUAAGAAAGGAGUGAAUGUACUGGCUUGCUUUGGAUGGGGGUUCAGAAAAGGAGCGCCAUUCCACAGACGUUUCGUACAACUGAUGUCUCGCCUGGAAGACGCUGGAAUUCUACAAUUCUGGACAGAGGAGGUAAUUCGUAACAGGGUGAAGGAAAACAGAGAAGCAGGAGCGCUAAAAUCUCACCAGUUUCUGGAGAAUGUAAAAGAGGAAAGUCAACAGAAGGUGCUAGGGAUCAAUCACCUUCAGGGUGCUUUCUACCUGCUCUUUGCUGGUUCCGGCAUCGCCUUCCUCGCCCUGCUGGGAGAGAACCUCGUUUACUGGCGCUCAUCGCCUCAGUAA